UCUCUGUUGAAUCUCGCGGUAUUUGACAGCCUCCCUCCGCUCUUUGACACUCGCCCCUCCCCUGCGCUCCGGGAAUGCUGGGUUGUUUACAUUACUGGCACACGGGUCAGGAGUGUGGUGAUGAGAGGGGCCUAGCUACCGGAGAGGCUGUCUGAGAACACGUACACAUCUCGACUGGCUCUGCAGCACAGGCUCUCUCUCCCUGAAAAACUUUUCCAGCGCCCAGGCAGCGGUGCUCAGGCAAGAAGAGAGGGCCGCCGAGUCUCGACUUUUAGGAGCGACCUUGGAGAGAAAAGGGAAAGUCAAAACAAAGACAACCGCCAUAACCAUCAGGAGAAACUUUCAACGUGAAGAAGGAAUAGCUUAGCAACAGAGUCCCACUUCCUGAGGUGUAAAGGAUCAAGCUCCUAACACCAUGGAUAUGGACACGCAGCCACAAGGACAGCAAGCAGCCGUGCCAGUCUUUCAACCCCAGAAACCAUUACAACCAGACAUGGGCCAUAACUCACUGGCAAACUUCCAGAUUGAGAAGAAGAUUGGACGUGGACAAUUUAGUGAGGUGUACAGGGCGAGGUACCUGUUAGACAACACAUCAGUGGCCCUGAAGAAAGUCCAGAUAUUCGACUUGAUGGAUGCCAAAGCUCGGCAAGAUUGCAUCAAAGAGAUAGAUCUCCUUAAGCAAUUGAACCACCCCAAUGUGAUAAAGUACCAUGCGUCUUUUAUUGAGGACAAUGAGCUGAACAUAGUCCUGGAGCUAGCGGAUGCAGGGGACCUCUCCCGUAUGAUCAAGCACUUUAAGAAGCAGAGAAGGCUUAUCCCAGAAAGAACGGUGUGGAAGUACUUUGUCCAGCUCUGCAGCGCGCUCGAACACAUGCACUCCCGGAGAGUCAUGCACAGAGAUAUCAAGCCAGCCAAUGUAUUCAUCACAGCUACAGGAGUAGUGAAACUAGGGGACUUGGGAUUGGGACGAUUCUUCAGCUCCAAAACAACUGCCGCUCACUCACUAGUGGGUACUCCUUACUACAUGUCACCGGAGAGGAUACAUGAAAACGGAUACAACUUCAAAUCUGACAUCUGGUCGCUAGGAUGCCUGCUCUACGAGAUGGCAGCCCUGCAGAGUCCGUUCUAUGGGGAUAAGAUGAACCUUUACUCCCUUUGUAAGAAGAUAGAACAGUGUGACUAUCCCCCUCUUCCCUCAGAUCACUACUCAGAGGAGCUGAGGAACUUGGUAGAUAUGUGCAUCAACCCCGACCCGGAGAAGAGGCCGGACAUCACCUACGUGUACGACAUUGCCAAACACAUGCAGAGCCUGACACAGGGCAGCUAAGCCCAGAGUUACACACAUAUAGCUUGCAGAACUCCUUCCCACUUCCCUCCUCGCUUUUUCAUGCUGGACUCGUACACAUCUGUCAGCUUUUAUACAAUAACUAACUCCAGAGUUUAGCUUCUUGUGAUAAGUAGUACUUGUAAGAGAUUUAUUUUAAAGGUGAUGGUACAGUCUAUAACAUGACUGACACCCAAACCUUUCCUACCCUAGGACAAAGUUUAUAGAGAUUAGACUUUUUUUGUUAGAUGGACCUCCCAUUUCUUAGACUUCAAUAAUGGUACAGCACUGAAUAUCAGUGUAUGGUAACCCACUGAUGUGUUAUUUGCGGUCUUUAAAAAGUACGUCCUCUGUAUUUUCAUGUAGUGAAGUAAAGCCGUUCUUCAGCAGCUGCCAUGCGCACUGGCUAUUUACAGCAGAUAUACUGGAAAAUUAGUAAAAAAAAAGAAAAAAAAGGUGUUGAGUGUUACUUGUUACCUAUCAUCAGGAUGAUUCUUCAUAUAUAUAUAUAUAUAUAUAGUUCAUCUCAUGAGUACAGCUGCAACGACUGCUUUUUUCAUAGAUCAAUCGAAGAUAAAUUGUCAACUAUUGGAUAAUUGAUUAAUCUUUUUUUUUCAAGUAAAAAUGCCAAACUUAUGCUGGUUCCAGCUUAUUUUAAUAGAGGGAUUUGCUGUUUUCCUAUGGGUUUGGGACUGUUGGUUGGACAAAAGAAGCAUGUCUAAGAUUUGGUCUCCAAGAAUUGGGAUGAGCAUUUUUACUUUUUCUUUUUACACUUCAUAAACUAAAAAACUAAAAGAUGUAUUGUGAAAAUAAUUAGUAGUUUAAUCGAUAAUGAUAAUAACAGUUGCAGUCUCACUCAUGGGAUGUGUGGUCAGUAAAUGAGACUAUGGAACCUCUGAGAACAAUAGUCAAAUUGGAGUGAUAAGUUUUUCCUUCAAUGCCAGCAAAACUGAGAGACAGACAACUGAGUGUUUUGAUAGUUGAAGCGUUGUUGUGUUGCACUUUUUACCCUGGUAUUGGAGGCUGGCAGGGUGAUCAUGUCUAAUGAAUGUAUUAGGAAAGGAAGGAUCAUUUAGAGGGUAGAGUAGAGACGUGCUGGGGGGAGAACAUGGGCAAAUGUCUCCACAACACUUCGAAUGUAAGUCAUUUUGACACCAAUGUAUUGUCUUUGAAAAAUUCAGAAUGUCUCUGUUUUGACAGCUUAGAAAGAGCGGGAGAAGUUGCAAGAAAAGCAGUUUUACGUUUGCUGUUUACCUUUGUCACUGACACCAAAAGAUUUACUCCUUGGUUCAACUUCAGCAAGGUAUUGAAAAAAACCCAAUGAAGACAUAAAGAAAAAUCAAAGUCGAAACACAUAGUUCUCCAUCAUGUUCCAGUGGCUGCAUUUGACCCACCAGAUAGGUUGUGGAAAAAUGUUGUGAUUGUAAAUGUUGCUGUGUAAGUUUGCAGUGUAGUUGUCUUGUUAAGUAACACGUAUGUUGAAGAGAUAGCAGAUCCUUGCCUUGUGUAGCCGUCCAUGUCAUGAGUAAAUCACAGCGUGCCUACUUAACUUAUGUCCUCAGUUGAGAAACCAAAGAAAAGUCACACAUAGAGAGAGCAGUUUAUAUAUAUGUUAAGGUAUCUUUUAUGGGAAGUAUAUCAAAGAAUUGUACUGAAAAGAAAAAGAAACAAGCACCAAUGGGACUCAUCUUGUUUUACUGUACAUAGUGAAGAAGUUCCUAUAGAUUUAAUACUGUAGGGUUUUAGUGACCCUUUAUUCAUUUGGAGGAAGGAAACAGUGGUAUAUGUGUUUUUUUUUUGGUUUUUUUUUUUUACAGUGAAAACGUUUACACCAGUGGGUCACAAAUGACCAGCACUGACUACCACUGGUUUACAUGACAAUGAUACCACAUAAAAGGUAUAGUAAGUAAACAAUGAUGGAUAACACUUUAUUUCAGUGUCUUAUGAGUUCUCUUUUAACAGUAUCAAAUAGCCUGGUAACCGCUCAUUGAAAUUAUUGUACAUGUAUGCCCAUGCUUUUCAUGUUUGUUUUUUUUAAUUGACAUGUAAUACUAUAAACAUGUAAUACAAAAUCAAAGCUUAUAGCUGCAAGAAAAUGUAAGUUAUUUUGUCUUGGUUAACAGAAUAUUUUGAUAGUGUGUUGAUAGUAUUUGUCUAAGACCUUGCAAAUACAGUGUUUGCAAUUUUUGUUUGCAGUUGUACACCUUGUUUUCACCCCUAUUGCAGUAAAACUUUUUUCCAUUUCA